UCCAGAUGCAUCACUGUAAGCGCUACCGGUCCCCUGAGCCAGACCCCUACCUGAGCUACCGCUGGAAGCGGCGGCGGUCCUACAGCCGGGAGCACGACGGCCGCCUGCGGCACCCGGCCCGACGGGAGCCCCCGCCUCGGAGGUCCCGGUCCAGAAGCCAUGACCGCCUGCCCUACCAGAGGAGAUACCGCGAGCAUCGGGACAGCGCCACGUACCGGUGUGAGGAGCGGAGCUCGUCCUUUGGGGAGGACUGCUACGGGACUUCUCGGUCUCGGCAUGGGCGGCGUUCGCGGGAGAGGGCCCCGCACCGGACUCGCAAGCACGCGCACCACUGCCACAAACGGCGCACCAGGUCUUGUAGCAGCGCUUCCUCGAGAAGCCAACAGAGCAGUAAGCGCAGCAGCCGGAGUGUUGAAGAUGACAAGGAGGGCCACCUGGUGUGCCGGAUCGGCGAUUGGCUCCAAGAGCGAUAUGAGAUCGUGGGGAACCUGGGCGAAGGCACCUUUGGCAAGGUGGUGGAGUGCCUGGACCACGCCAGAGGGAAGUCCCAGGUCGCCCUGAAGAUCAUCCGCAAUGUGGGCAAGUACCGCGAGGCCGCACGCCUGGAGAUCAACGUGCUCAAGAAGAUCAAGGAGAAGGACAAGGAGAACAAGUUCCUGUGCGUCCUCAUGUCGGACUGGUUCAACUUCCACGGCCACAUGUGCAUCGCCUUCGAGCUCCUGGGCAAGAACACCUUCGAGUUCCUGAAGGAGAACAACUUCCAGCCCUACCCGCUGCCCCACGUGCGCCACAUGGCCUACCAGCUGUGCCACGCCCUGCGCUUUCUGCACGAGAACCAGCUGACACACACCGAUCUGAAGCCGGAGAACAUCCUGUUUGUGAACUCGGAGUUUGAAACGCUCUACAACGAGCACAAGAGCUGCGAGGAGAAGUCUGUGAAGAACACCAGCAUCCGCGUGGCCGACUUUGGCAGCGCCACCUUUGACCAUGAGCACCACACCACCAUUGUAGCCACCCGCCACUACCGGCCACCCGAGGUGAUCCUUGAGCUGGGGUGGUCGCAGCCCUGUGACGUGUGGAGCAUCGGCUGCAUCCUCUUCGAGUACUACCGCGGCUUCACGCUCUUCCAGACCCACGAGAACCGCGAGCACCUGGUGAUGAUGGAGAAGAUCCUGGGGCCCAUCCCCUCGCACAUGAUCCACCGCACCAGGAAGCAGAAGUACUUCUACAAGGGCGGCCUGGUGUGGGACGAGGACAGCUCGGACGGGCGCUACGUGAAGGAGAACUGCAAGCCGCUCAAGAGCUACAUGCUGCAGGACUCCCCGGAACACGUGCUGCUGUUUGACCUCAUGCGGCGCAUGCUCGAGUUUGACCCUGCCCAGCGCAUCACCCUGGCUGAGGCCCUGCUGCACCCCUUUUUCGCCGGCCUGACCCCCGAGGAGCGAUCCUUACACAGUAGCCGCAACCCCAGCAGAUGACAGGCGCGGGCCGGUGCUGACACGGAGCGGGACUGCGGCCUUCCUCCAGCCUCCCCCUAGGUCUCGGCUGGUGCUGCAAUGGGCAGCGGCCACCGCAGGACACCACGGCGGGACAGCGCGGCGCGGGCUGAGGGGGCCCGUGGGGGUGGGGCCAGUGGCCAGAAAGCACAGAUUUGACCCCAGCUAUUUAUAUGUUGUAAAGUUAUA